CAGGCACAAACAGCGCAUUUCAGCAUCCUAAAACGGUAGAAAGCGAGCGAAGCCGUUGAGAUACCAUUUGUAUUCCCGCAUAGCAUCCGUAGCACGCGGCAGCAACAGUAAGACUCGCGAUUCUGGAAACGCUUCACCAACGAGAAACGGAGAACGAGUGGCACCACGGAUGCAGUAACGACAAUGCAUUUACCAGGCUCUCAUCAUCGGAGCAGUGAGCAACAGCAGGAAUUGCGAGAUGCUCGGCGACUUUUGCGCGAACGCAUAAAAGAUGACUGGGAAUACCCCACGCUACCGGCAUGGAGAUCGAGUGGUAAAAAGGAACCGGCUACAGAAGAAGAUAUUGAGGAUGGGAUCGCGGGCUUCAGAUUUCACACUCCGAGCAAUCAUGAUAGAGAAGGCCCUAAUGCGAGCAAUGGAGCACUAGGCCUGAGUUUCAACCCUACGGAAUGGAGGGAACGGGAGUGUUCAGAUUUGGAUGCCUCGGAUGCUGAGGGAGAGGCGAGUCUAGUGAAGGGGUCCUCUGUUUCUGCAAAAAGUAAGCAGAGUGAGUACAAAUUUGAGGGACCGGAUAGUGUGGGCUCGCAAUUGAGGGAGCGAAGGCAUGCGAGGAAACGCAGGAGGCAAGUCAGGUUACAAGAGGAGAUGGAGUGGAACGAUGGGCUGGCGCAUUGGAUGCGGAGAAGAGAUAUAUGGUGUUCCGCCAGAACCGUGGCUGAAGUACAAUCGCAUGAGAAUCCCGUUGAGGAAGACGCACAAGAAGGCGAAGAAGAUGCCGACUCAGACUCAGCCAGCACAUCCAGCCCUCGCGCCUCAACCUCCUCAUCCGUAGAAGAGGACGGCAAUCCAGCAGAUCCAGAAAACGACGAAACGCCAGACACCCCCGAGUCCACACCCUCAACAACACCAGACAUGACCGCCAGCACUCCACCCGUCCCACCUCCCAUCACAUCCCCACCCAUGAUAGAAGUCCUCGUCCCCAUCGCACCCCCUCUCCUCCCCAACCACCCCAUCCGCCGAAGAAUCAACCACAACAUGUACCCCGAAAUCUACACGAAAAUCAUCCUCCAAUCCCGCACCCCCUCCAUUCCUAUAAAUCUUUUGACGUUGAUCAAAGCUUUGGUCCAAGGUUGGAAAGACGAUGGGGAAUGGCCUCCUAAAAACGGACCGGUUGAGAAGAGUAUUGGGAGGAAGAAGGGGAGUGCGAGAGAUGGGUUGAAGGAGAAGGUUGGGAGGGUUUUGAGGUUGACGGGGACGGGGACGGGUGGGCAUGAGUGAGUGUGGUGGGGAGUUGGGGGGUUAGAAGGGGUGGUGGUGAUGAGCGUGUUCAUGUUUGACGAUGGAGAUGAUGAAUGAAGAAUUUGUGCAUUUGUGCAGCUGCUUGCAGUGGGAUGGAUGAUUUGAUCUAACGAGGGAGGAGAGUUCUUGCUUUGCUUCACCGAUGCAUGCAUGAUAUACGGCCAUGGCGAUGGCGAUGGCGAUGCGUUUUCGUGAGAGGCUGGCUUUCAUGUAUAGCUGUGUGCAUCAUUUGUUCCUUCUCC